AUGGAGCAAAAAACCACCGUCCUCUUUGUACUCUUAUUCUCUUUGGCCUCCUUUCUAUCUCUACUAAUCCCAACCACCGCAUCUCCGCCUGUAUCCGCCGUUUUCGCCUUAGGCGAUUCAACGUUGGAUUCGGGCAACAACAACCGCCUCCCAUUCACCCUUUUCAAAAGUGACCAUCGUCCGUACGGACGGGACUUGCCAAACCACGUCCCGACGGGAAGGUUUUCCAAUGGAAAACUAUCAACGGACUUCAUGGUCUCCAAACUUGGCCUCAAGGACUUGUUGCCUGCUUACCAUGACCGGAGACUAACUGACCGUGACUUGCUCACGGGUGUCAGUUUCGCGUCAGGUGGUAGCGGUUUGGAUGAUCUGACCUUGGCCGUGUCGAAGGCUACGAGUUUGUCGAGGCAAUUGGAGGACUUUGAUGAAGCGUUGAGGAGGAAGAGAACUGUUGGGGAGAAGAAUUGUAGUGAGAUUGUCAACAACGCUGUGUUUGUGAUUAGUGUUGGUACUAAUGACAUGGUGUUCAACCUCUACGAUGUACCUGUUACACGGAGGAAAAUUGAGUUUUCACCUUCAGGGUACCAGGAUUUUCUUCUCAAAAGACUCAGGUCGUUCAUUCAGAACCUAUAUAAGAGGGGAGCGAGGAGAUAAGUGGCGGGUCUUCCGCCAAUUGGAUGUUUGCCAAUGCAGUUGACCAUUGGCAGCAUCUUCAAUGGGCUUCGGCGUGUGUGCGUGGAGCAGCAAAACAAGGACUCUCAGGCUUACAACACCAACCUCCAAGGCCUCAUCCAAAGAUUACAAGCCUCCCUCCCCGGUUCCAGGCUCGCCUACUUCGACACCUACAAUCCCAUCUUGGACAUGUUCAAUAACCCAUCUAAAUAUGGGUUUGUGCAAACACAUGCAGGAUGCUGUGGAACAGGGAUGGUGGAGUUAGGUCCAAUGUGCGGGAAGCUUUCUCUGACGUGUCCAGACCCUUCUAAAUUUUUGUUCUGGGAUGCCAUGCAUCCUUCCCAAGCAGCAUACAAAGUUCUUGCUGACAUAUCAGAGAAAACUGUCUUGCCGCACCUUACUGCUUGACUGGAUAUGGAUUGAUCAAUUUUUUUCUUUUUUCUUGUAAUUAGUAACUUGGACUAGGUGAAUACGGCAGGAUAUAUAUAUUGCACAAUCAGUUCGAUCCAAGAAUGCACUCUUUUCCUUUUUUUCAAGUUUUGAAGUAAUAUAAAUUUGGUUAGCUUUUGUAUUUUUUGGGGAAAUAAUCCUUGGUUACUUUUGAAACAUUAAAAUAUUUUCUUUAAGAGCAUUUUAAGUCAUUUUAAAAGUAUUUCCAAACGACCUCGUAAUCAUACAUGUUGAGAAUUUCAAUACAUUUGACAUCAAAUGUGGCUAACUGUAGCCUACAAAAUAGGAGAAAAAUAGUAAUUCUUUUUGUGUUUUGGCUAAACGAAAGACAAUUCAUGUGAUCUAA